AUGGUUUAUAAAAUGAAACCGAUGCCUCCUGAAAUUCGGAUUACAAGCUGGGAGGACCCCCCUUAUUCGUCCAUUCGAGAAAGAAAUGGUGUUCUCUAUGGAGUAGGAUAUGCUUUUCAAGUUUUGAAUUUGCUAAAAUCAAAAUUAAACUUUUCAUACAAAAUUGUACAACCAGUAUCUCAAGAACUCGGAGACGAGAAUGAGGGCAUCAUGAGCAUGCUAGUUAAAAAUCAGGUGGAUAUGGCAGUCGCAUUUUUGCCAAUCAUGCCAAAAUUAAGGAAAAUCGUGAAUUAUAGUUCAGCAAUAGACGAAAUGGAAAUGACCUUUUUACUGAAAAGACCUGCGGGAUCGUCAUCAGGUUCGGGGCUUUUUGCCCCUUUUAGCCCUCAAGUUUGGUACUCGAUCCUCACAUGUCUUUGCGUAAUUGGCCCAUUGGUCUGGAUUUCGAUUAAGCUCCGCCACUUCUUCGUAAGAGACGAUGAUAUGUGGAGGUACACUUUCCCACGAUGCAUGUGGUACGUUUAUGGAGCUUUGCUAAAACAAGGAACGACAAAAGCUCCUCAUGGAGACUGUACCAGGUUCCUUUUUGCAUCUUGGUGGAUCUUUGUGACGAUAUUAUCGUCAUUUUACACAGCAAAUCUGACAGCUUUUCUGACAUUGUCAUAUUACAAGUUGGGCAUUAAUACAAUUGAUGACGUGGCUUUUGGCUACAGUUGGUUUGCUAUGAAAGGUCGAGCUGUCGAUAGUGCAAUAGAGAACAACUACAAAGCCUUUGAAAAUAUGAAAAACGCAGCCAAAUGGAACUACGGCGAGUUCAUCACGGACUACUGGAUAUCCAAGGAAGAUCUACUCAAAAAAAUAAAGAACACAAGCAAGGUUUUUGUGACUGAGAUGCAAUGGGCAAAAAUGUUAGUAUAUGAAGAUUUUCGAAAUAAGACAAGGAGAGGAAUUCCUGAAACCAAGCGAUGUACCCACAUUGUAGCACCAAAACCAGUCUUUAUGAUGGAAAGGGGCUUUGCUUUUCAAAACAAUUCGACGAUCUUGGCAGCAAUAGACAGAGAAAUAGUAAAUAUGGUUGAAAACGGCCUGAUUAAGCACAUGAAAAAGGAGGAUGUCCCCACUGUAGUUUUUUGUCCUGAGGAUCUUCCAACGAAAGAAAAACGACUGCGGGUGGCCGAUCUGCAGCUAAUGUUCAAGAUUGUCGGAUGUGGAUAUUGCACGGCAGGAUGUGUGUUGGUCCUUGAGGGAAUUUUAGCAGGCAUCCAGAGAUUUUGCUGCGAUAAAAACACCUGCAUCUGUCCUUUCAAGCGUAAAAUCAAAACGUCAUCAACGCCUUCCUACAGCCCACCAGAAACGCCUCUGGAGUUGUUCAAACGGAGUCCACCUCCUUUUUACCAGACGAUUCAGGAGCACCGGUAUUCCAAAAAGUACAACAUUAACGGACGUGAAUAUUACAUAGUUAAGGAAAGCUCGGGAGGUACAAGAUUGGUACCUAUUAGGGUACCUUCGGCUUACCUUUUCCAUCAAUUUGCAGCCUAA